AGGGAAGGUGCCAGUCUGCGCCGGCUCGUCCCUCUCCCGAGCAGCCAAUCGCCGGUGAGCGGCCGGGCACGCGCGCGCGCGCGCCUCCUGGAGUUUAACGGUCGCGUGAGGCCAAUUCCCCGGGCCAGGCUAGGCAGAGGCGAGGAGGCCAGUUUUCCCUGUUCAUCUUCAGACUCCUUGGAAGCAUAGCGGACUUCAUAGCUCUGAAUGUCAGCUGCUGAGGAUGCCGGUAGACGAUGAGGCAGCUGAAGAGGAGCUGGAAGCAGCCUCCUCCUUCAGGAGAAACAACAGUGCUUCCAAAUGACAGAGCUUAACCAUUUCCAUACGAUAUGGAGGAUUUUGAUUUGGCAGAAACUUUACAAAAAUCUUCACCUUCUGCAGACUCUGAUAUUAAAAGUACUCCCCAUUCUCUCGGAUUGAGCUUGCGUGCUAAUAGAAGUAGUCCCCACCUUAGUACAAAUGGGGUAUCCUCUUUCUCAGGGAAGACCGGGCCACCUGUCGUUCAAGGCACAGUCGAAGUCCUCACUGCUUUAACACAAGAGCUGCAGAACAGUGACCGGACUGCCUCAGAGCUUUGGAAGAACUGUGAGGCCAGGUGGUUGCAGCUGUUCAGUGUGGUUGAGCGACAGUGCCAGGAGCAGAUUGUUGCCCAGCAGGAGCAGUUUCACAGGAAGAUCCAGCACAUACAGGAGGAGAUUAGGAAGUUGGUGAAACUGCAGCUCAGCACUGCUUCCUGGCCUUCCUGGAGCAGCGGCUCUGUCAGUGAACAACAGGUGCCCUCAGAAAACCAAAUGGGCUGCUUAUCUGAAAACAGCGAAAGAAAUGAGUCUGUUACCAGUUACCCAGAGUCUAAGGAACCCGAGACACAGCCAGAAUUGUCCACAUCCCACCUAGACUGCAAUGUGGAUAGCAGCUCAGUGAGCAGUGGCUACGGCACCUUCUGCAUCCUGGAGAUGAACACGCACAAGGCUAAGGAGCCCCCAGAGCCCAUGGAGCCUGAGGAGGCUUCCAAGGGGCAGCACACAGCCCCUGCGGUGCAGGCACAUGCCCCUGUAGGUGGCACAGCAGCCAUGAACUUUUUUGCACAGACCCCUGAAGAGCUUUGUGCUCCUCUAAAGGAAGAUGUUUCUACUUUUCCUGGUGAAUUUGAACAUAAUUUUCUUAGUGAAAACAAGAUUUCAGAAGUGUACAGUGGAAAAGCAAAUAGUAGUAAGUCUGUAACAUCAUGGGCACAAAAGCUGAAGCAGAACCAGCAAAAGCAAGCACAUACAGAAGAUGGCUACUCAAGACCUAAGCCAGGGAGCGAGUUAAACCAGAAGCCUCCAGUUGAAACACCCAACCUUGCCGCCGCCGCCACCACACAUCCUUGUGCCUUUUACCUCAGUAAACCAACUGAAAGCCCAAGUUCUUGCUUGUCUGAUUCAGGAACAGGGCUGACUUACUGGAAGCUGGAGGAGAAGGACAUGUAUCACUCUUUGCCUGACACUUUGGAGAAGACAUUUGCACCGUCCUCCCUAGACAGACCACUGAGCCAGGUCCUGACUCUGGAUCCAAUCAUACAUAUGAAGCCAAAGGAGAAGGCUGUGGGGAUUCGGCCCCAUGGCUUUUUGAGUGCUCUUGACGACAGAAUAUCCUUUUCUCCAGACUCUGUUCUGGAGCCAAGCCUGUGCAGUCACUCUGACAGUGACUUGUUUUCACAAGCAAGUCAUAACGCUUCUCAGGUAUCUGGGUUCCCCAAAUAUCCUUCAACUACGAAAGCAUCACCUGUGGACACUUGGAAAAGCCAUGCAUUCCACAGUGAAAGUAGGACAAGUUCCACGGUCCCUUCACUCUGCACCAUCAGUAGCAACGAUAUCUCAGUCAGAACUGUAGACGAAGAAAACACUGUCACAUUGGCUUCCGCCUCAGUCAGUCAGUCCCAGCUUCCAGGUACAGCCAACAGUGUCCCAGAAUGCAUUUCAUUGGCUUCCCUGGAAGAUCCUGUGAUGUUGUCUAAAAUCCGGCAGAACCUCAAGGAGAAGCAUGCACGACACAUAGCGGAUCUUCGAGCUUACUAUGAAUCAGAGAUAAAUAGUUUGAAACAGAAACUGGAGGCAAAAGACACUUCUGCCGUUGAAGAGUGGAAGAAGAAAAAUGAAAUUCUUAUAGACAGAUGUGGUCAGCUGGACAGUGCAUUGAAUGAAGCUACUGGUCGUGUGCGAACACUUGAGAAUAAGAAUAAUUUGCUAGAAAUAGAAGUGAAUGAUUUGAGAGAACGCUUCAGUGCAGCCAGCAGUGCCUCCAAAAUUUUGCAGGACCGAAUUGAGGAAAUGAGAACGAGCAACAAAGAAAAAGAUAACACCAUCAUUCGGCUAAAAUGUCGGCUGCAGGAUCUGGAAGAAGCCUUUGAGAAUGCUUACAAACUCUCAGAUGAUAAAGAAGCUAGGCUGAAACAAGAAAACAAAAUGUUUCAGGAUCUCUUAGGAGAGUACGAGUCCCUCGGAAAAGAGCACGGGCGUGUAAAGGAUACAUUAAACACAACUGAGAACAAACUGCUUGAUGCACACACUCAGAUUUCUGAUUUGAAAAGGAUGAUCUCAAAACUCGAAGCUCAGGUGAAACAAGUAGAGCAUGAGAAUAUGUUGAGUCUUCGUCACAGCGCUAAAGGUCCCACGAGGCCAUCCCGGGCCAACACACUGGCGACCUCAGAUGUCAGUAGGAGGAAGUGGCUGAUUCCAGGAGCAGAGUAUUCCAUUUUUACUGGGCAGCCUCUGGACACUAGGAAGACAGAUAAUCAGCUGGAGGAAUCCCGUGUUCCUGGAUACAAUUCUCCUCCAGAAAAGGACUCUUCCCUUGGAUGUUCACCUUCAAGCUUAUUGAUUAAAAAGCAGAGGGAUACUCCAGACGCACCGAUCGUGAAAGCUUUAAAGGAACUUGAUGAUGAAAGAAUAUUUAAGAAUUGGGGGACACAGACAGAGAAAGAGGAUACAUCAAGUAAAUUAGUGAAUCCUCGGCAAACUGAACCUUUAGUCAAUACAGGCUGUUCCCCAGAGAAAUGUGCCCAGCAGAGACCAAAGAGACAGAGUUCAGCUUCACAAAGAUCGUCGUCUCUCCCACCCUCCAGUCGUAAAGCCAACACUCCAACAAAAAGAGAGAUUAUGUUAACACCAGUGACUGUGACUUAUAGUCCUAAGCGCUCCCCUAAAGAAAAUCUGUCCCCAGGAUUUAGUCAUCUACUUAGCAGAAAUGAAAGCAGUCCUAUUCGAUUUGAUAUCCUUUUGGAUGAUUUAGAUACUGUUCCUGUGUCCACACUACAACAAACCAGUCCAAGGGAACAGCUCCAGUUUCUUCCUCUAGAUGACUCGGAAGAACAAAAGUAUUCAGAAAAAGCCAGUGAUGACCCUGUUAAUCAUAGCUCUUGUCCUGAACCCUUGCCAAGUGGUGUGAAGAAAGUGUCCACACGACAAGCCUGGGAGAAGAGUAAAUCCGUUAGCCUUGAGCAGCGUAAGCCGGUGCCAGCAGCACUACAGGGUAACGAUUUUGAAUAUACAGCAAAAAUUAGGACCCUAGCUGAAACGGAGCGAUUUUUUGAUGAACUUACCAAAGAAAAAGACCAGAUUGAGGCAGCAUUAAGCCGGAUGCCUUCUCCUGGAGGAAGAAUCACUUUACAAACAAGACUAAAUCAGGAAGCCUUGGAAGAUCGUUUGGAAAGGAUCAAUCGUGAACUGGGUUCAGUUCGAAUGACACUCAAGAAGUUUCAUAUCUUGCGCAGCUCUGCAAACCUUUGAGAUUGGUAGCCAUUAAAUCUGAGACAUUUUUGUUUGCACUGAUGUACAGUUCUGCUCUCAGAAAAGACAAGCUUUUUUGUACUGUUUAUAAGACUUCAAACAGUAGUUUUACAAUCAUGUUAUUAUUACACUUGCUAUUUUAUACUCAAAUGGCCACAUAUUUUCAAGAUAUUUUCGUUAUGCUCAGGAACUUCUUGUAUAUUUUACUAUUUAAAAGGCAUUAUUUUUAAAUAGUGUAUGUCUUCAAUUUCUGUCAACAAUAAGGAAAUGUAAACAGGAGGUGGCUUGUUGCUAAGGAAAUAGUGUUAUCCUUUUACAAUGAACUUUGCACACCGAUUUUAUAAACUUGUUCUAUAUUGUAAAUAUAAUUCAUUUUUAAAAUAAAUGAUUCACAGCUUCCAUAAGGAUAGACUAACAUUGAAUAUUAAAAAUUAUAGUAUAAUUUGCAUUUAGAUUCUGUAGAAGUGUUUUAGAAAUGAUAACACAGUUUCUAUGUUAAACUUCUGCCUUGUAGUGAAUAGUAGAACAGUUAAGCCAACAAGAUGUCUUAACAGGUAGAGGUGCUUGCCACCAAGCCUGAGGACCAUUUUGAGUUCCCGAACCCACAUAUGAGAAAGAAAUGACUUUUGUAAGUUGUCUUCUGACCUCUACAUAUACACUUCAGCACGUUCACACCGCAAUAAAUAAUUAAACAUAAAAAUGAAUAAGACUCGAAUACUGAAGAGUUUAAAAACUACAUAUAACUUGUUUGAUUUCCCUGAAAAUAUUUUUAAGGAAAGAAAACAAAGAUGGAGAGCAGCAGGUGGAGAGCUGGGGUUUUCUGCCCCCAUCCAGGAUGUACGUUGUGUCACAGCUUGGAUAGUUUCCAGUGUAGCUCCAAUUUCUAUUAAACAUAAAGCUUUAGCUCCCAAAGCCAUUACCCUCUUAACCUCACUGACCUACCACUCCACCCUUGCCAAAAAGAAAAAGACCUACAUAGUAGCUGCUGUGAUAACUGUUGGUUUGGGCUCACAGCAUUCUACUCUGCCUGAUAAAGGACAGGAUUUAUGUCCAGAUAGAGCCUGGUGUCUUUUCCAGGGCCCUGCCGUGGCCUGUAGCCCACCACAUGGGUGGCAUUCCCUAGCUCUCUCUGAGAGCACUGUGUGGGCAGGAGAAGCUUUUCUGGUCGAGGAGCAGCACAUAUCUGUUUGUGUUGGGACUGUUGGUGAUAUCUGCACUGCUCACCCCCUCACUUCUGGAGACCACUCUGAACUCAACACCCAUGUUCUUGGAAUCUGAGCUCUCAUAGUUGAUUUCCAGGGCUAGUGCUCAAGGUUUUGAUUUUGGUUUGCCUCUGAGUUCUUUCCACGUAUGUAGUUCUUCAUAUAUAUUUAUAUCGAACCAAGACAUGCCAGGAAUCCCAUUAAGGUGUGUAUGCCUCAGCAGAACAUCGGGUGGUCUUCGAGCAUCUUCUGAUCAAAGCUUUACCUGGCGACCGAUUGGCCUGGACCCUGUCCUACUUGUGGGGACUCUGAGGUAGGAGGGGGUCCUUGGAGUUCACAGUCAGUAACCAGUGAAGACUUAAUCAGGAUUUCUUGUCAUUAGAAGUAAGUGCCUUUAUUCUUGGUUUUUCUGUUAGCCUUGUAAAAAUGAUGUUACAGUAAAACAAGGUUCAUUUUAAUCAAGCUCCUGUACAGCUUGUGUCUAGAGCUUAUAAGGGGAUGGGCUAUUUCUUAAGAUGUCCCUGUAGGUGACAUGCAGCAUUCACGGCUGGAGUACAGUACGCCUAGUGGUAGAGUCCUUGCCUUGCAUGUGAGGUCAACAAACAUGACAACUCGAACAAGUCCACUGUGUUUUUAUCUCAUUGUUCUCUCCAUUUAUUAUAAGUCUACUAUAUUCUCAAGAAGCAGGAGAUUGCCACUUCAGAAGAGAUGGUAGCUUAUCUUGCCAAGGAGUUAUCUUCUUAGGUGCCUAUAAUUGGCUUAUUCCAAAAAAGGCAUUAAGUUCCAUCAAAACAUCUUCUGUGCUUCUCAGAAAGCAUAUGCUUUGGUUUUUGAAGUGUGUAAUAGAUUUAAACUAUCAAUUACUUAUUUGAAAAAGAAAUUUUAUUCUUCAUAGUUAUGAAGAAAGACACCAAGGAAAAUUCUUGCAGCUGCCUUUCCCCUUAGUAAUGCAUAUCUUAAGAACACUUGAAUAACAAUCAAGUUAGCCUCAAAGUGGGGAAGAUAGCAGUCUUAAAGAGCAUCUGCUGCCCAAGGGAGGCAAACUGUUUCUGUGCUGAGGUUAUGCUGCAGCUAGUAAAAAACAAACCACCAAGAACCCCAGUGAGUCUGAGGCUUCUGGGACGUGCCUUUGAAAUGUGGAGAUGUGCCCUUCCUUCUCAGAGACCAGCUGCAGACCUGGUUACACCCUGGCUAAGGCUGGCUUCCUCACUUUAUAGACCAAAUGAUAGGGGAUCCAGAGGGGACCGACAGGCCAGUGCUUCCUUAAGUGUGUACCAAACAGCGUGUUUCAGUUUCAUCAGUUACUAGGAUUUUGAGAUAGUGUUGUUUCUUUUUUAUUUUUAUUUUUAAAGGCACACACUAUAUUCCCAAUCCAGUGGCUUUUUUUUUUUUAAAGUUGAUGGUUUUGUCCCAGUCACUCCAUUGGGCUGUCAUUUGUGUUAGGUGGUCUAUUUUGUCUUUGCUGUUUGAUAAAAGUCAAGGGUUUUCUUGAAUUGUAAAUGAAUUUCCUUGGUAUGUUAUUUAUUGGUUGACUAAAAUUAUAAAACAUUAACCCAUCAAAUGUAAAUUCAGAAAGCAUUUUGAUCUUAAUGGAUGGAAGGGUAUUACUGGGCAUAAAUAUUGACUUUUUCCAUUAUAGUUUACUGCAAGUUUAACCAAAAUUUUUCCCUCAAAUGUUUUGUGAUUAGACCUCUAGAGGAUGGACCACCUUGAAGAAGUGCCUGCCACCGAGCCUUAGAUUUAUGUGGAUUUACAAGCAUCAAGAGACUAGUGGAAUCCUUUUAACAUAGAAAAGCCAGGUGCUUUGCCAAACGCUGCUUGUCCUGUGAAGCCUGCACCCAAAUAUGUAGUGAGAUCAGACAUUUUCAUCAUCUUAGUGUCACAUGACUCAACAGUUUCCACUCAUUUUAAAUGUGCCACUUUGUACCGCAGGUCUUUAAAACCCUUAGAAUAAGUAAGUGGCACGUAGAGACCUUUAGGAAUGAAGGGAGAGCAUUCAUCAAUGGGUCAUGCUCACUUCUGGAUGUUGCCAACCUGGCUAAACCCUGGUAUUGCACAGAUUUUGACAGGAGUUAUUUCCUGCUCUGCCAAGAGCAAUACGGAAGUUUAACACCUUGUCGAACUAGUCCAGUGCUUUAGGACCUCACUAAAACCCUUUCCCCACAUAUUCGCCCUUUAUUUCACUGGAGACCUCAAAUAUGUGAGGAACCAAGCCAUAGCUUUGCAUUUGCUGAACAUUACCUACCAUGCCUUCACUAUAAGAUUUCAAAGGUUAAUUGUAUUUUACUUACAUUGGCUACUUUGACAGUAACCCAUAAUGUGAAAAACAGUUGCUAAUACAUUGCUGCUGUUGGUCAGGCAAGUGCUUGUCAUGCUUGUUUUUUAAAAUCUGGUCAAACACCGGAAUAAUGAAGUUGUAAGCUCUGAGAGAGCAGGGACCAUGUCAUCUUCCAUCUUGCAUCUAGGCACUCAAUAAAUAUUUGUGG